AUGCAAUUCCCCGUGUUUACAAUCUGUGACAUCAACCAGGUAAAAAAAAGUGACAUCCAGGAUCCUCAAAUACAACAGGUUCUCUCCAAAGCGUACAUGGAAAUUGAAAAAGACAUAACUUACUUCAGCAGCCUUGACGGAAAUUGGUCAAAAAACAUAGAUGUCCAUGGUAUAUUUUAUAAUAGUUCUCAUAACGUGUUUGACAUGUUUUUGAUGUGUCUUUGGGAAAACAAACCUGUUCAGUGUUCGUCAAUCUUUACUUCACGGGUGACGAGUGCCGGGAUUUGCGCUUCCCUGGUUGAUCUCGAACUCACGGAAAAUGGCGGCAUUGGUAGUGACAUGGGAGUCACUGUCAUUCUCCAAUCGAACACCUCGGACUACCUCGUCACCUCCACUCCCGGAUCAGGCUUUCGAACAUCGUUUCUGAAACAUCCGAUCCCUGCCUUCGGAGAUGACUUCUGUAUCGAUAGCUGGGCUACUGACUACGUGUCGAAACUUAAAUACACCAGCAAAUACAGUUUUGGUGCCUGUCGGCUGGACUGUCAUACAUCAUAUGUGGUGGACAUGUGUGGAUGUAAAGAUGUCUUCAUGCCAGAAAACCGCGAGGACAACGCCACAAACAACAUCGUGCAGUUGCUUUCAUGCGAUAAAAUGUCCGAGUUCGGAACCUACGACUGGCCAGCUGGUGAUUACUGCAUUUUCGCGGCAGAAUGUUCCUCAGGUGACUGUCAGGAGGUCGCGGACAUGACGGUUACCGAGGAAUACAUCCACUUAGACACCGAGGAUGACGGCAAUGAGGACACAUUCCACGGCAGCAUUCCUCUGGUCUUCAUAGUAGGAACACAGUAUGUUGACAUGCGUGUUUGCUACUAUGAAUAA